GUGUAUGGUAACUAUACGAAGAAUGGUGAAGAUGAGACAGUCUACGAAGAGGACUUUAGUCGCAGCCGGACAUUCAUCGACUACGGCAGAUGGUAUGCAUCCAAGCAGAAUUAUGAUCCCAUUCUCAAUCGCACUAUAUUGUGGGGUUGGAUCCCUGAAGAAGACACGGAAGCUGCAAUGAAGACUCGCGGGUGGUCUGGUGCAAUGGACAUGCCUCGUUACGUUGAGUACGAUGAAAUUGCCGAAAAGUUAAUGACCUACCCCAUGCCGGAGCUCGCCAAGUUGCGUCUCUCUACUACAACGAGUGAUGUUGAAAUCGGGGUGAACGAGGUAAAAGUGUAUAACGCCAGUGCCCCGCUACACUAUGAAAUGGUGGUGGAUUUUGAAAUACCUGAAGUAUUCACCUACAAACCAGAGGAGAACACAGACGACGUCCCAUCCUUUGGCGUUCUCGUACGCUACAAGGAUAGCAACACAUACACUCGAAUCGCUGUGACGAUGCCUCCGAGUGCAAAUAUGGGUGCGGGUUUUGACCAAAAAGGAAGGGUGUUCGACCGGUUCAAUUUUAAAGUGCAACACGCUUGCGCUGCGGAGUGCGAAUUCGAUCGUCGUUGUGUCGCAUGGACGGUGGUAGAUACAACAGAAGACCUGACUGAGUGGAACUGUGCAUUUAUGAGUACCUAUGGUGACGUUGUUGCCGCUAAUAACUCUGCCACAACAGGUCGUGUGUGGGAACCUAUUCUGCUUCUGGACCGAAGCAAAUCC